CCAAGGAGGCGACACCGGCCGCCGACCUCACUGGCACAGCCGGCCCGCGGCUUCCGUUAAAGUCCUGGGGCCCAGACCCCGGAGGCAUGUUGCAUUUAACCGACGCACACACAGCAAGACGACACUUGACGCUCGUCGUCGGGGGGCUGCUUUCUUUGGCCACUCAUCAUUUGUUCAUUACUGCUGCUCCUCCUUCCCCGGGCUCCGUCCUUCUUUUUCCUCCUUAUAAACCAAAAACCAGGUGCAACCUUCUUCGGCUUCGACUCACUCCGCCCGCGAUCUCGCUCCUCGUUUCAGUUGCACGCCACCGGCUCUCCAGCGACCUUCGGGAUGCCGCUGUGGUGGCUCGGCCGGAGGAAGUCCAAGUCCAAGGCCUGCAAGCACAGGGCCGGCGGCAGGAGCCCCGCCGCGGCGGCCGUCUCCGCCGUCUCCUCGCCGCGCAGCUCCGUCGACAUCGGCUCCCCGCCAGCCUGCGCCCCGCUCUGGAGGCCCAAGCCGCACGGCCUCGACACGCCGGCGCCGCGCCGGGUUGAGCGGUACGGCGGAGGUGGUGGUGGCGGCACGGGCGGCGCCCCGGAGGGAGGGCAGGGGCCGGGGCAGCCGCUCCCGCCGCCGGUGUCCAGCUCGUUCCCGCUCCCUCCGGCGUGGGGGGCCUGGCCGGGCUACGCGUCCGCGGCGGUGUCUCUGUCCAGCGGGAGUUCGUCGGGAUCGUUCGAAUACGACGAGGAGCGACUAAUUUACAGGUACGCUGAUCUAGUUGUCUCCUCCAGAGGAAGGCUUAUGCCACCUGAUGAACAUAAUAAGGGCAUGGUGCAAGACAAGUACCUUGUCUCAUGCAGUGCUCUCCGGGAGCACCAGAAAUUCUCUAGGGUGCCUAUCGAUAAUGUGAGAGAAGUUCAUUUGCCAAGCUGUGAGCCUUCAAUGAGUGAAGACAGUUGUUCGCACGAUGGAAUGUUACCCGAUGCUACAUUCUAUGCAAGAACAAGAAGUCUUUCACCUGGGCCAAGGAGGCAUGGAUUUUCUGCCACUGAUGCAAGUCCAAGAGAUUUUGUCUUCAGUCCAAGGUCACCACUGAAACGGAUGGAUGAUGUGAGGAUUUUACCUCAACCUUUGCCUCUUCCUCCACUUCCUGCUGCUAGCUCACCCCUCCCUUCAUCUGGCAUUGGUUUUACCCAAUCCCAAUCACAAUGGAAAAAGGGGAAGCUGUUAGGUAGCGGCACAUUUGGUCAGGUUUAUCUUGGAUUCAACAGUGAAAGUGGGCACUUUUGUGCAAUCAAGGAGGUACAAGUUAUUUUGGAUGAUCCACAUUCAAAAGAACGUCUUAGGCAAUUGAAUCAGGAAGUAGAUUUGCUUAGACAACUCUCAGAUCGAAACAUCGUGCAAUACUAUGGAAGCCAACUGACUGAUGAAGCUCUCUCCAUCUAUCUUGAAUAUGUUUCUGGUGGUUCAAUUCAUAAAUUACUUAGAGAUUAUGGUCCUUUUAAGGAACCUGUGAUCCGUAACUAUACUCGGCAGAUUCUUUCUGGACUUGCCUAUUUGCAUGGUAGGAAUACUAUGCACAGAGACAUCAAAGGAGCAAACAUACUUGUUGGCCCUACUGGUGACGUCAAACUUGCUGACUUCGGUCUGGCUAAAGAUAUAACAUCUUUUGCUGAAAUAUCCUCUUUCAGAGGAAGCCCAUAUUGGAUGGCUCCGGAGGCCGUAAUGCAUAGCAAAGGGUACAGUCUCGCGGUUGAUAUCUGGAGCCUUGGUUGUACAGUUAUUGAAAUGGCAACUGCUAGACAUCCUUGGCAUCCGCUCGAAGAUGUACCUGCACUAUUUAAGAUUGCAAACAGUAAAGAUAUACCAGAAAUUCCAGAAAGUAUUUCCAAAGAAGGGAAGGAUUUCUUGAGUUUGUGCUUAAAGCGUGACCCAUUGGAGCGCCCCUCUGCAACUCAGUUACUGGAUCACCCUUUUGUUUAUGAUCAUCUAAGAGUGGCAAAGUGCAGUGCUACCCAGUUGAGAAAUGGACCAUCUUCCCCAGUAGAGGCAAGACAUAACAAGUCGUCCCACAGAGAAUCUUCAUCAAAGAGAAACAUUGCUCCUUUACGGGAUAUUGAAGAACUAAAUGCGAGAGAUUUUGCUGGAUUUGCCACAGCUUACCCUUCGCCUCAAAAUACCUCCAGCUCUACUGCAGCGACAACAAACAUGUCUUUACCAGUGUCCCCAUGUUCAAGUUCAAGCCCGGUGCGGCAGUUCAAGCAAUCGAAAUGGAAUGACCUACCUUCCCCACCGCACCCAGUAGACUCUAUGCUGGACCUAAUGAGACAAAGCACCGUGGUUCCAGAUCCUUGGCUUGAUAUCGGCCAGUUGAGACCCGGAUCCCCAAGCCCAUAUGGCUCACCGAAGAGAUUCUGAGUCUGAUCUGUAGAGCUCUAGGAUGAUGAUUCGACAUUCGAGGCAAUGGUUUUGUGGACGCUAUCGAUUGUAACUGUGCCUAUUCGGAUCUGAUUCACUGACUAGAAGAAAACAAGGUGCAACCUGAGAUAGGCUGAUCUCUGUAGACUGUUGAUAUUGGAGUAUAUGCAGGUGUUGUAAACAGUCAUUAUACAUCGGAUAUUAUACAUCUAAUAAAUUAUAAAUACAAAUAAUUUUCGAUGCUUAA